GCUGUCCCUUCCCACCUCGUUAUAAUCAGAAUCAGUAGAAUGCAAAUGCCACAAUUCACUGCAAUAGAAAAGUCAAAGAAAAACCCCGCACGAAUCCAAUUAUUUCAGGAUUUAAUUUGUCAAUAUCGAACAAGUUAUAGAAUUAUCAUCUGCGCGUUUCCAUUUAAUUCUCAGUUUUAGUUCAAAGUUCAAACUAAAGGUAAAUAAAGCAAGCUUCUUUUUACCGGUUGGCGUGUUAGUUGAUUCAAAAGAUGCAAACAAUAUCUUUGUUCUGUUCUUUCACUUCAUUUAUUUUGUUUCAAGAGCAAUUGAACUUGGCCCGAAUUUGAAGCUGGAGCAGUUUUUCUCAUUAUUUCAAGAGCUGGAGAUACUUUGAACUGGAAUGAAGUAAAUUGCAUUUAUGGAAAUCAAUGCAUACAAUUUGCUGCAGAAAUUUCUAGGCACGUUGUAGUUAUUGUAUUGAUCUUGGAGGUCAUUAUGGGCUAUGAAUUACGCCGUGUGUGCUUAUUGGAGACUAGGAGAUUGCUAUUGGUGAUGGGAGUGAUAUUUGCCGUGUUUUUGUUCAUUCAGUAUGUUGAGCUUCCAUAUGGCAACAUUGUAUCAACUCUAUUUUCUGGCCAUAGACCUCAAGUGGCACCAGCUGAAAUCUUUUCAACUGGGGAUUCAUCUAGUAAUCCCAAUGCUUCAAGAAAUUCGAUGUAUUCUAGUAACUUGAAUUCGACCAAUGUGAAUGAUGUGCAUGCGGUAUCCAAUGUUACAAAGUUAUUUGACGGGAAUGAUAGUAAUGUUAAAGAUACAUUUGAGUCUGAAAGCAACAAAAGUUCUGAAGAAAAUUUUGAUGUUGAUAAUGAUCCUGAAGAUGAAAUUCCAUCCAAGGACUUCUUGGAAAUGAACAGUAGCUCGACAGUUCAGAGUGUGGUAAGUAAUAACAGCAAUGACUUACCAGCAUCAAAUUAUACUUCUGAAAGUAAUUCUUCAUUGGACUAUAAUUUGGACGAUGGAGAAAUUGUUUCAACUCGAACAUUGGGGAAAAAUGGAGACACCAAUCAGGCUACUCCAUCUGUUUUAUCACCAUCUCGCUUUGUUUCUUCAGAAAACAUGGGUGCUAAUUCGACUACUUCCACGAUGCCUCGCUCUUUGAAUAAAUCUUCUACGGGCAAAGAUGCUGAAAAUAUGCUUCGAAAUAAAGAAAAACCCGGAUUACUGAAGGAUGACCGUUCCACUACAAUGAGCAAUUCUUCUAUCAGCAGCACUCCUGCUAAAAGAUGGGUCAAGAAACCGCCAGAUGCAGUAGUGCCAAUAAAUGACAUGAAUGAUAUGUUGCUUCAGAGUCGCACAUCCUAUCAUGCGAUGAAACCAAGAUGGCCUUCAGCAGUAGAUCAAGAAUUACAAAACGCAAAAUCUCUGAUUAAGAAUGCACCAAUUAUACAAAAAGAUGAUAAAUUUGAUGUUAAUCUGUAUCGAAAUUUUUCUACAUUCAAAAGGAGCUAUGAAUUGAUGGAGCAGACUCUCAAAGUUUACAUCUAUUCUGAAGGACAAAGACCUAUAUUUCAUCAGCCACCUCUCAAAGGAAUAUAUGCUUCAGAGGGAUGGUUUAUGAAGCUACUGAAGGCAAACAAACAUUUUGUCACUAAAAACCCCAAAAGAGCUCACCUAUUUUACUUGCCUUUCAGUUCGCGGGCACUAGAACUGACUUUAUAUGUCCCCAAUUCUCAUAAUCGCAAGAACAUGCUUCAAUGUUUGAGUAACUACGUCGAUGUGAUCACAACAAAACAUCGUUUCUGGAAUAGAACUGGUGGAGCAGACCAUUUCCUUGUAGCCUGCCAUGAUUGGGCACCGGCAGAGACCAGGGAGAGGAUGGGUACUUGUAUUAGAGCUUUAUGCAAUGCUGAUAUCAAAGAAGGGUUCAAGUUUGGUAAAGAUGUGUCUCUUCCUGAGACCUUUGUACGCUCAGCUCAGAAUCCUCUUAGAGAACUUGGAGGGAAACCUCCUUCCCAAAGACGAAUCCUUGCUUUCUUUGCUGGAAACAUGCAUGGUUAUCUCCGUCCCAUUUUGCUGAAUCACUGGGAAAACAAAGAUCCUGAUAUGAAGAUUUUUGGUCGGAUUCGUAAAGUGAAAGGACAAAUGACCUAUGUCCAGUACAUGAAGAGCAGCAAGUACUGCAUAUGCGCUAAAGGUUUCGAAGUAAACAGUCCUAGAGUGGUCGAGGCCAUUUUCUACGAGUGUGUUCCUGUAAUCAUAUCAGACAAUUUUAUCCCUCCAUUUUUUGAGACUUUGAAUUGGGAGUCUUUCGCAGUUUUUGUCUUGGAGAAGGACAUACCGAAUUUGAAGAAUAUACUUCUAUCCAUCUCUAAGAAAAGAUAUUUAAAGAUGCAGCAAAGAGUUAAACAGGUACAACAGCAUUUUCUUUGGCAUACCAGGCCUGUGAAGUAUGACAUUUUCAAUAUGAUACUUCAUUCGUUAUGGCACAACCGAGUUUUCCAAACACUGACAUAGGUCGCAUAAUGCAUUUGCCUUUGAAUGUUACGAAAUGUACUUGGUAUAGAAUGGUUAGUUCUGAAGAAGACAGUAACUAGCAAAGAUAUGGAGAUGUUGUAAGUAAACAAGGGAAUAAUUCCAUAGUUCUAGCCCUGAGCUAUGAAUUUUUUUAAUUUUUUUUUUUUUUUUUGGGGGGGGCGGGGGGGGGGGG